AACGAUGGAUUUGAGCAAUGGCUCAAAGGAGGCGGCACAGUAUGAGAAGUUGGAAGUUUUUUGAACUGGAGAAAAUACCUUUACCAAGGACUUGUACUCAUAUGAUUGGCACGGAUAUUGCAGUAUCGACAGUUUUGGGGAACUUUUCUCCCCCCUACUAGUAGUACAGUACGUACAGGACUUAACAUCAACGCGCCACAACAGCGUGGAAAUUCACUUCACCCGGAGAAGUCGCUGCCCCUCCUACCAAGCUCCUUAUAACAAGAACACAACUUCUCCGUGUGCUCACAUACCUCUUUUCACUGUUUCGAGACGGAAAGAGAGGCAGAUCUACCUAAUCUAGAACUAUGAGUUCUGUGGAGCGAUUGUUUGAUGAGUUUGGACACUUUGGAAGGUUCCAGGCCUGUGUGUACUUCGCAGCUGUCUUUCAGUCUAUCGCUUGUGGUAUUCAUUACCUAGCAUCAGUGUUUCUGGCUUCAACUCCCAAAUUUGUCUGCACUGCUCCUGGCAACAUCACUUCUGUCCUGUAUGGCAAUUACAGUGGAGCAGCGCUCGAUGACAUCUGGGAGUACUGGUCUGCAGAGAAGAGCUAUGUUCUGGUGGAGACGGCAAAUGGAGAGCAGUGGGAGCUCGCACAGUGCGACCGUGCCAAAAGAACUAGCGACGCAGACUUUGUGUACGAGUUCAGUGGCAAUAAAACCGUGUACUCCUGUUCGGGCAGUUACAUCUACGAUCAGAGCGAAGUUCAGCAGAGCAUUGUGACAGAAUGGGACUUGGUUUGUGAGAAAGAGUGGCUUGCUAAGCUGUCCCAGCCCACUUUCAUGCUUGGAGUACUCAUUGGAGCCCUCAUUUUUGGAGACAUUGCAGAUAGAGUGGGGAGACGGCCAGUCUUGAUGUUUACAAGCUUGUGCCAGUUUGGUUUUGGAAUUAUAGUUGCUUUUACAUUCAACUAUUAUUUCUUUGUUGUCAUUCGUUUCAUCUUGGCUAUGGUUUCGAGUGGCUACCUGGUGGUGUGUUUUGUCUAUGUGACGGAAUUCACUGGGAAUAAAGUUCGCACCUGGACCUCCAUGCACGUCCAUGCUGCCUUUGCAGUUGGGGUUAUGGUGGUGGCCUUGGUUGGAUACCUGGUCCGUGUCUGGUGGAUCUAUCAGAUCGUCCUGUCCUUGAGCACACUCCCCUUCCUCUUCAUCUGCUGGAAGCUACCUGAGACCCCAUUUUACUUGUUGGCCAAGGGAAAGUACCAAGAAACUCAAGACCUGCUGGACACCAUCACCUGGGUCAAUGGCAUAAAUCGCUCUUGCAAGGUGUCAGACCUGCUAGAAUCUGAUGGGGAAACAAUGCUUGAGAGAAAUGAGGUGACAAAACAGAAGAGGCUCAGUAUUUUGGACCUCUUUGGCUCCUUGAAGAUGGCAGGGAGAUCCAUCACUGUGUGGCUGGUUUGGUUUAUUGGAAGUUUAGGCUAUUAUGUCUUCUCUCUGGGGUCUGUUAAUCUUGGAGGAAACCAGUUUGUGAACCUAUUUCUUGCAGGUGCUGUAGAGCUCCCUUCCUACAUUGUUGCUUGCUUUGCCAUGGACAGGCUUGGGAGAAGGAACACACUGGCUCCAUCACUCCUUCUGAGUGGAACAGCAUGUGCUCUCAUAAUAGUAGUGCCAAAGGACAUUGGUGUUUUGGUGAUCAUUCUAAGCAUGACUGGAAAGUUUGCCAUUGCAAUUGCUUUUGGCCUUAUCUACUUGUAUACAUGUGAGCUCUACCCAACUAUAGUGCGGUCUCUGGCUGUUGGAAGUGGAAGUAUGAUGUGCCGUAUUGGGAGUGUAGUGGCCCCCUUCUGUGUGUAUUUAUCAAGCGUUUGGACCUUCCUGCCUCAGUUAAUUGUGGGGAUUCUGGCUUUUGCCAUUGGCUUGUUAACUUUGAUGCUUCCUGAAACCCUUGGAAAUCCUCUAACAACUACCUUUGAAGAAGCAGCAGCUCUGGGAUCUAAGGUAACCAAGACUGAUAGACAGGUCACUGGAGAUCUUGGUGAGAAAAUGGAAAUGGACUAUAAUGCUCUAAAUAUGGUGAAAGCAGAUGACCUACACGUCUGAAGAGAAGGGCUUUAAUAAAUGCCGGGGUUGGACUGAUUUUGUGCACAAAUUUACAAUUUCUAACCAUUUUUAAAGUUCUUCCUGUUAACCUGUCCAACUGAAUGAAUUAUUUAAAUAAGCAUUUUAAAUUGGAGGUACAGUACCAGCCUCACAUGUCCUCUUGUCAUUUUUGUUUCCUAUUCCUAAAAGUGUUAAAAAAACUUUUGAUUACCUGAAUGUUAUGUGAUCUGUAUAAAUAUAAUUUCCUUUUGUGGUACUGUAGGAGGUGGCAGCAUCGCCUUCCCAGAUUUAAUAGACUGUGUUCUGUAUUGAGUACAGCUACUCUAAUGCAAUACGAUAUGUGGGACUGAAAAACUACCUCUGGCAAUUAUAUCUGAUGUACAAAAAACAAACUCUGUCUAUCUGGUCCACCAGUGUUACUAAUUUAAUGACUUAAUUUUAUUCCCAAAACAGUUCCUAGAAUAUUUUCUUUAUCGUAAAGAUAUUUUUUUCUUUAUUAAAUACUGAUUGUAUA